AUGGAGGCCGGAUCCGAUGGCGUGGAGGUCGGAUCCGGCCUCCCCACGACAGCACGUCACCGCGCUGGGGUGGCCUCGUGCCUGCACGUCACUGCCGCGGCCUCCAUGGGUCCGCACCGCAUGCUCGAGCACCUCCGACGGAGAUGGCUGAGCGUCCUCCAUCUUCACUCGAACGGCGCCGCCGCGGAGGUGAUGGGGAAGAGCGGGAGCAGGCGUGGGGGCUUGGCGCCACUCCUCGGGGACAGGUGGAGGAAGAAGCCCCUCUCCGGCAAGGGAUUCGGCGGAGUGGAGGCGGGUGUGGUGUGGAGGCGUGGGGAGAUUCGGCGGAGUUGGGAUGCCUGUUCUGAUCUGUUCAGACGUUUUAUCUGUUCGUCCGGCUUGGGAGUUGGGAGACGUGCGGAGUUAACUGGGAUUGAUAAAAUUUUCGGGUGUAGAGACAUUGAGUGUUCUUUGCUGACUCAUUUUGGCAAACUUGCAACCAAUUAUCCGUCUGAAUGCUUGGUUGUGUGGACGUAUUGGUUGACUCAUCAUUUUGGAGGGUUGUGGAGAAACAAUGAUGUGUUCCCUGCGUGUGUUCGAUUAUCGGUGCAGGCGGCGGCCAGGAGCUCCUCAUCAGUUGCAGCAAGUCUAAGGACAUCAGGAGCUAAUGGGAUUGUUGUAAGGCUCAUGAUGUCAUGGUGUCGAACGGUUUCCAUCAGCCAGGUUCAGGGGAGGUAUGUGUCUGUCAGAACAAACUGGCUGAAUGGUGAUUUUAUCAAGGUUGCCAAGGAUGAUCAUGCUACUAGCUCAAGAACCAUAGAGAAGUUCCAGUUAGCUAUGUCGAAUCUAAAAGCCAAAUAA